GCGCUAAUGCUAAAUAACUUUGUAAUUGGUAUACUAACUGUUUCCAUGUUUGCACACAGGAGCACUGUAGAGUUAUGCAAGCAGCGACAAAGAACUGCAGAAGAAAAACAAGAGAUGACGAGAAACACCAGAAGUCAUCUGACGGCUCAAGUAAAAAUCACUGAGAGUAGACUGGGGCAAGCUUUAGAAAAGCGCCAAAUGUUGAUGUCAGACAUCAUUGAAUGCGGCAUUCGUAAAAUGGCACUAGAAGAAAAACUGCAAGCCAUGGAAAGGAAGGCAAAUUUCUUUUGGAAUGAUCUGCAAUGCGGUGAUCCAAAGGAAAAAGCCAAAAAAUGGCGGGAAAAUCUGCGUAGAGUCCGCUCACAGAACGACAUGAGCAAGGCGGUGCCUCAGCCGCCCCUGUUUCCCAUCCUGGACUUUGAUGACGAUGAGUUCGCAAUAUGGGAGGCUUCUCGAGAAUUAAGUUGUGAUGAGGUCAUCCCAGAGACAGAAAAUUGGGAAGAAAGCGCUGCAAUUAGGGAAAUGUUCCUCGAUGACUUAAUUCCAGAGACAGAGAAUUGGGAAGAAAAUGUUCCAAUCACAAAAACUAUUGUUGAUAACGACAUUUCAGAGACAGAGAACUGGGAAGAGAGUUCUGCAAUCGCGGAAAUUUUCCUUUAAAAGGAAGCGUGAGUUGCUAUAUGUGCUUUUUUGUGAGACAAAAAAGUGAACUGUUUUAAAUGUAAUUAAGUUAUUGUUUAAGUGACACUGACAUCACUGAGAUGUUCCUCGACCUGUAUCUGAAAUGGGACAUUCCUGUUUCAAGGAAUAAAGUGAACUU